AUCUGUAUUAGUCCUUGUCUAGCAUUGGAUCCAGCGCGGGGCCGCGUCAUUGCUUGACAGGGAGCGCCCUGAUUGGUCGUCGGUCCCCCGCGUGCAGGCGAGCUGUUGAGGGGUUGGCGCUGUGCCGGUGCGCGUGCUGUAAAGCGCCGUCACCUCGCGCAUUAAGUGGGCACCGCUUUAUUCGCGGUUUCACUUAAAAAGUAAAACAUUUUAGCCGUCACUGCAUCAGAUACUGGGUGCUGUCACCAGUGCGGGUGUUAGUAACGUAAAAUCUGAUUGGUCGUCGGUCCCCCGCGUGCAGGCGAGCUGUUGAGGGGUUGGCGCUGUGCCGGUGCGCGUGCUGUAAAGCGCCGUCACCUCGCGCAUUAAGUGGGCACCGCUUUAUUCGCGGUUUCAUUUAAAAACUCAACUUCACUGAAGGCAGAGGAGGACUCUGUUGACGGACGUUGUUAGCGUUAAGAACUCACCGUCACUCCCCGUCAGCUCAGCAUGAUGAAGCUCACACGCGGCCGGUGCCAGGCUUCUCCCCCGGUCACUGUUGGGGUGAAACCCGGCAGCUCGCACUCCCUCCAGACCAGGAGAGGUCUCCGGCCCAGAAGAGCCAACCGCCAAGACGCGAAGAGCCAGGCGGGCCCGCGUCGGGAGGAGAUGUUCCGGGCCCAAAAGACCAUGCCCCCAACCAUUGUCAUCCAGCGGCAGGAGAUGUCCUCUUUCUUCAGACUUCUGGACGAUGACGUGAUCCAUGACUUUCUGUGGAUGGACUAUUGUUGUAAAUUGACUGACAAGUACCUUCUGGCUAUGACCUUUGUGUACUUCAAACGGGCCUGCUUCACUAUCGCCCAAUACACCAGGAAGAAUUUUUUCAUCGCACUGUAUCUUGCAAACACCAUGGAGGAGGACGAAGAGGAGGGCAAGUAUGAGAUUUUUCCAUGGGCGCUUGGGAAGCACUGGAGGAAGCAGUUUCCCCGCUUCCUCAAGCAGCGAGACAUGUUUUGGGCUCGCGUCGAGUACCGAGCUGCUGUCAGCAGGCGCUGCUGUGAAGAGGUGAUGGACAUUGUGCCGUCUCACCUAGCUUGGCAGCGUGAGCGGUCAGAGCACCACAGCGGCGCCCAGCGGCAGUACGGGGAGCGGGACCACACCCGCAUCCCCCGCGGGCCCUUUGCCUCCCCGGUCCCCUGUUCCCUCUGCAAACGUGGCGCUGCGUCGGAUCAGGGUCCGGGCUCUGCAGCUUCUCCCUCCAGAGGCUCUUCGAACACAAACCACGCCUUUCCCCAACCGUUCAACUUCGCACUGAGCUUGGAGGUCACCCCGCCCAGGGCUGCAGCCUGUCUCAGGAGGGCGGCGGAGGCUAAAUACCAGACGCACCCUUCCGUCUGUUGUGGGGAAGAGUCGCCAUGCGGGUCCACGUACGACCCGUCCAUGGACUGGAUGUGUGAGUAGAGCGCCAAGCCGCUUUGUGUCACCGUCUCCUUUCACUUUUACUCUAAAGUAAAGGUCUGACAACUUGCUCCAUUUUUUUGGUUAUUGACUGCUUUUUAAAUAAGAACGUGGAACCGACUCAACAGAACCGGUGUGAAUAAAGUUAAGAAAAAGUUGUGUGGCGUGUUUAGAAUGGGCUCCUCUUUCUAUGUCCCCCAUUUCUCCAAUAUUGUUGUAACCUGCACUGAGUUAUUUAUUUAUAUAUUUAUUUAUUUAUGUACUGAAGCACCUGUGGGAUAUUUAUUUUUUCACCACUUAUGUCAAAUGAAAUGACAAGCUGGACGAAUCAAUGUUCAGCCACUCAUUCUUGUUAACGUUGUCUGUCACAUGCUGGGAUUGUGUUUUUAGUGUUGCCCAUGUGCCUGUUUCAUGAUCCAAUGCUGCCUCUUGAGUUUUAAAUAAAGGAGUUAAAAUUGG